CCUAUAGACUCUACAGCAGGCAUUAAGAUGCUGUACGUAUUUGUGGAUAUCCAGAUGGACAACGCACACUUUCUGGACACGAUCAAGUUCAACUUCCCCCCUGGACACACUCUGGCACUCGUCAGCACUAUCCAGUUUGUGGCUGCACUGCAGGUAUGCGUGUGUGUGUGUACGUGCAUCUUUGUGUGUGGGUGACUGUGUGUUUAACCCUAUGUGUACAUGUACAGUUUAAGCCUAGCCUACAUGAUUACUGCAUACAUAGAAAAGCUCUGCACCUGCGUGAGCCAGCCUCUUGAAGUUCAGUUCAAAUGUGGGUUUGAAAACCCAGCUGCAGUUAUUUUGGACUUAAAAGGAGGAGUGAGUUUGUGAAAUCUCAGAUCAUGUAUCUAGUCUCAGGCCUUUACAUAAGCAGUUAUAGAUCCACAGUAGAGCUAGCAACCUCCUCCGUCUCCUCUCUGCUGAUCUCCUCUCCUCUGUCAGUGCAUUACCAACUCUAGUUCAGGCCCCUGCUAAUGGAACCUGUGUUAUUUAUACACCCUGACAUGCUGAUGUGUGUGUCAUGGUUUUGUUGUGUGUUGGGGGCGGUUUGGGUGUGGGUGUCAUGUUUUUCGCUCACGGUGUGUGUAGGUCGUCCAAGAUGGAGUGGGGGGUCGUCAGGUCAGUCUCCAUAUUCCCUGUUUACCUCCAACUGAAAAGAACACAAAUUAUUCCUCCGCCUCCGAGCAUGCUGCCGCUUCUUUCUUGCCUAAAUUGUUGGCACUCGCUCUCAGCCUCUCACUUUGUGUGAAAAGAGAAGAUGUGGUGUUAUUUUACAUCUAUCAAUCCUUGUUUGUCCCCCCCAGGCGGUGAGUGCAGCUCUGAGGCCAGAGUAUGAGGUGGUGGUUCCCCAGUGUCGUCCCCUGUCCCCUGGAGAGAUCCUAGGGUGCACCUCCCCCCGCCUCGACCGAAAUGUCAACGCCAUCAUGUGA